CUCUGCAUUACAUAAUCGCUAUCGGAUGGUGUAAUCCUUCAGUUCAGCCAGUUUAUCGAGCUUUUCUAAAAACCUCGAUACUUUAAAGAUUAUUAAUGGGUCCGAACAGGAUCUAUAUAAGUGUAGGCUAUGCCACAUUCGGCAUGUUGGUUGGUUUUUCGGCGUUUGUCGUUUGGAAUGUGGUGUAUAAACAGCCGUGGACGGCGGCGAUGGGCGGAUUAUCGGGGGUUUUGGCACUCUGGGCCUUGGUCACCCACAUUAUGUACAUUCAGGACUUCUGGCGCACAUGGCUGAAGGGACUCAAGUUCUUCAUGUUUGUCAGUUCUGUCUUCUCCCUCCUGGCAGUUGCUGCUUUCGCCACCUUCAUAGCUCUAGCUGUUAUAGAAAAGCAGGCAUUAUCUGACCCCAAAAGCUACUAUCUGUCAGCUGUGUGGAGCUUCAUGACUCUUAAAUGGGCCUUUCUGCUUGGCCUGUACUCCUACCGGUAUCGCCAGGAGUUUGCUGAUAUCAGUAUCCUCAGUGACUUUUGAUUGUCUCUUUCAUCUGGAGAUGAAUGGAUUUGUUGUUGCCAGUCGGUGGCUUCACUUGCCAAUAUGGAAACAUAAGGAUUAAUGGUUAUCCUUUUUUAAAACUGUCUUCUUGCUUUCACAGAAAAGACAGUCAAAUCUCAGCCCCAUCGUCCCUCAGAUCCAGGCCCUGGAAUAAGAUGUUGAUGAAUGUCUGCCUCAUUCCUGUCUUUAUCAUUUUUUUAAAGGUGAAUUGUGUACGUUUUUCAAUCUUAAAGAGUUAGUUCACCCAGAAGUGAUAUUUCUGUCACAAUUUACUCAUCUUGGUGGCGUUCCUUUCAGAAGGAUUGAUUGGAAACAUUAUAUUUUGCAAUUCCAUUUGCUGCCAUUAGUGAGUGUGUCAGGAUUUUUGAAGGCAUUGUGGGAUACAUGAAGAUGGGGACACAGGUAGUUGUUACAUUAUUCAAGGCAACUUCUCCCCAAAUGUUAGAUGUGAAGUUCGAUCUCUCCUUGCAGUAAGCAGAGUGGGUUAAUAAAAAAGGAUUUGCACAGCUAUUUCUUGGGCCUAAGAGAGGGAUGGAGUAAUGUAGGAUGGCGUCCGCAUUGGCAUCUUUCUACAAAGCUGACUUUGAUUCAUUGUGAUGUUUUUAUUGUUUUCAGAUAUAGGGCAUGUCCACACUAAUACAUUUUCGGUUGAAAAUGCAUCGAUUUUGCUAUGUUAAUACCUCUAAUCCACACUGGAACAGCGUUUUCCUCCACCGAAAACUGAGACUUUUGAAAAUGCUUUGUAAUACUGCUUACUUUGUAAAACUAUGACUUUAGGAAUCGGAGGACAGCUUUCAACCGAAAAUGUGUUAAAGUAGACCUGUCCAUAGACAGUGUUCUCUAUUGUUUACCAGAUUGUUAUAUAUAUAUAUAUAUAUAUAUAUAUAUAUAUAUAUAUAUAUAUAUAUUUGUUUAUACUGAUUUUUAUUUAUGAUUAUAAGCUUUAUUAUUUUAUUAUCAGUAGCUAUGUUCUGAAUAUAAUUCUACCAUACUACUCAUACAUACUAUUUGCUGCAGUAUGAAUACUGUGCACAGUUUGUACAUUUUCUGGAUCCACAUAAUACAUGGACGAACUGCUACAUUUGCCAAAAUGUGGAAUAUGCAACAGGACACACCGUAUCUCACAAAUUAAUUGCUCUCGAAUUGACCAUUCAAUUUCCAAUGUCAUGAAUGAACAGUAAGUCAUUUAAAUCAUGAUUUUGAACAUAUUCUUGACUCAUAUCUGUGUAGAAUACCAAAAGUUAAGAUUUAAAGAUGUAACAUUUUUACACAGAGGUGAUACCUGAACGUUAUUUACUGAAUUAAACAUGCAACAUGAUGAGGUCAUGUGACAACAAUGUGAAAACAAUGUAGCAUACACAGUUUAUCUUUUAUAAUAAUGUAAUAUAUUCUGUGCAGCAUGUAGUAAGCAGUAUGCUAGUAUUACAUUCUGAACAUGGCCCACGUUACAUUAUUAUAUAAUGCAGUUCCUCUCUUUGCCACUAGUGGGGGUGAUGGAUCUAUUGAAUGACUUCAUGGUGCUCUGUCAUCUGCAAAUAUCAAGUAUAUAUUCACUAAAUUGUAAUAAGUUACAAGAGUGAACUGAAUUCACCAUAGUACUGAAUAAUAAAUAUCUGUGUUAUGUUAUUUGAAAUGGCUUUUUCUUUUCAACAGUUAUGCGUUUUAAUGCAGAUAUGCUUGUUUAUUUCAAAGAGUGUUUAUCUGUCUGUACCAGAGCUUAAGAAAGUGUAGUGUUUGGCUGCUUGAAUCUGAACAGUUUAAGAGCCAAAAAGUAACUAAAACAUAUUGCACUAGAUUGUAUAGGAAUGUUAAAUGUGUUGUUUGUUGAAAUUUAGAAAGGUGAGGUCACCUUCAAAAAACCUUUCACCUACCAUGCUUUAUGCUUCAGCAUAUGUAAAAAUAAAUUGGUAUUAUGUUUGCUUUUUACCAACUGUACGCAGAUUCAUCACUGAUUACAGUCAUACUACAUGCAGUUCAAAAUUGCACAGACUGUAUACAAAUUAAGUUAGAACAUCUUAAUUGGAAUAAAGUUCUGCUGAUUUAAUCUAUC